UGCACGGAGUGCCAUACGCAUUUCUCUCUUCAUCUUCUUCAUCUGGAAGUUCAAAUGGAGAAGUGCAAGCCCUGGCUUGUGCGCUGCUGUAUUUUGCUUUUUGUGAUGUGCACAGUUGGUCUCAUCUGCGUCUGCAUAGCCUCGUUUGUUGGCGGGGGGUGUUCCAGCAGCAGUUUUAAACGUGCGGCUGUGGCUGCUGACUCGCAAAUCUGCUCCGAGAUUGGCAAGAACACGCUUCUGCAGGGGGGCUCAGCAGUAGAUGGCGCCAUUGCAGCUCUUCUGUGCACGUCUGUGAUCAAUCCUCAGAGCAUGGGCAUUGGGGGGGGCUCCAUAUUCACUAUUAGAAAUAAAAGAGGCAACGUAACAGUUUACAACUUCAGAGAAACUGUCCCACAGUCUUUCAAGACUAACCUGUUAAGCGACUGUCCCACUACGUUCAAACUUUCUACAGGCAGCCAGUGGAUUGGCGUUCCUGGAGAGCUGCGGGGCUAUGAGACCGUUCAUAAACACUAUGGAAGGCUGCCCUGGGCCACGCUGUUUGAGCCAACGAUCAAACUGGCCAGGGAGGGCAUCCCCAUGCCAGCCUAUCUGGCAAACCUCCUGAGCUUAAGCCUUGUGAAAGAGCACGUGGAGAAGUCAUCUCUGUGCAAAGUUCUCUGCAAUGUGAACAAAACUGUCCUGGGCAGAGGGGAUGUCCUGAGGUUUCCUAAACUUGCAGAAACCAUGAAAACCAUUGCAGAAGAAGGAGCAGAUGCCUUCUACACUGGCAAGAUAGGACGUGACUUAAUCCAAGACAUAGAAGCGGCAGGUGGGACUUUGAAAAAGGAGGAUCUGGAGUCUUUCCACGUGCAAGUGGACAAUGCAUGGACGGUUCCUUUGGGAGAUACUCAAAUGCACAUUCCUCCACCACCUGCUGGGGGGCCGCUGCUUGCUUUCAUCCUAAAACUCAUGAAAGGGUUCUCGCUGACUUCAAACUCACUGGUUGAUGACAAGAAGAUUCAGCUGUAUCAUCAUUAUAUAGAGGCAGCUAAAUUUGCAAAUGGCCAAAAGAGAAGCAUUCAGGAUCCUAUCUUUAAUAAAAGAAAGAGUGCUGACCACUUGAUUGAUCCCUCUUUUAUUGAUGACAUCAGAAAGCUGAUUACUUCCAACCACACCCAUGAAAACUCUUACUAUAACAACAUCAAGCCUUCCUCUGAUCACACGGGAACAACACACGUUGCUGUCCUGGAUGAAGAUGGAUUGGCGGUCUCUGCUACCAGCACUAUAAACCAAUUGUUUGGAGGAACAAUUUACUCUCCCCAGACUGGCAUCAUCCUCAACAAUGAGCUCGCUGACUUUUGUGGAAGAACAGAAACACUGAGGGCAGGUGAACGCCCCCCCUCCUCAAUGACUCCGGCCAUACUGGAGUCAAGGUCUGGAGGGUUGCUUGUGAUUGGUGGAUCAGGAGGAAGCAUGAUUACCACAGCAGUGGCAAUGUCCAUAAUGAAUCGCCUCUGGUUGGGAAUGAACAUACGAGAUGCCAUUGCUGCUCCUAUAAUCUUUGUAGAUUCAAAGAACAAUGUGAAUUUUGAACAUGGUUUUGACAAGUCUGUGAUAGGUGGUCUUAGACGACUUGGACACAAAGUUGGAAACUGGAGAUACUUUUUAAAUGUGGUCAACGCGGUGGAAAAGAAGAAUGGCUGUAUUGAGGCUGUGUCAGACAGCAGGAAGCUGGGAAAGUCGGCUGGAUACUGAUCCUGAUAACGGCUAACCUUCCACUGAAAACUGUGUUUAUGACUGACUGAACCUGUGGCCUUAGACAUUAAGUCUGCUCUGAAUAUUUUUGUCCAUCAUAAUAAUUUGCACCAAAAUAAUCGCUGGGAUUGGGUUGAAUAUUGUUGAAUGAAACGUGUGGCCAGAUUUUGAGAUGAUCUAAUCCAGACUGUUUUAACAAUUUAGUUUGGAGGUAAAAUUGCAUGUGAUGAACAGCACAUUUCCAUCCACUACUGUUAUGUCAGAAGCUAGAAAAAGGCAAAUCACAGCAAAUAUCUGCCUUUAAUUCAUUCUUCAGCCAAAUGCCAUUAAAGUAUUGCAGAUGAAGAGUAAAGUCAUGAUUUAAUAUAUGUGACACAUUAUUUCGGUUAUGUUUUACUCUCUUUCAUCACAUAAACCUGUCCACCUUGCAAGUGUCCAAAAGUUUUCUGUCACAAUUUAACAUUGUGACAGAAUUGUGACCCGAAUUUCUCUAAUACACCACAAAUAUUAUCUAUAUUUGUACCUGAAUACUGCAAGCAUGUGUACGAGUACAACUGUUCUUUUGACCAUAGAAACAUAAAAAUAGUCACAUCCAACUAAAAUGUCAGCUAUUUUUAAGAUUACUGGAUGAUACAAGAAACUAUGAGGUCUGAACUCCUGACCAACGUAUACUGUGUGCCUAUCAAGUGUAGCAAAAACCGUGAAUAUUGUAUUUUUUGACUGAACUGAGAGUUUUUGUUGGAUCAGGUGGCACGCCAUCGGCUGCUUCAACUUUUACUGUAAUUUGGGGUAUUUUACUGUAUAUGAGAGAACUUUGUUUUGUUCCAGUUUGUUUCAGUCCAUAUCUUGAACCCAGUAUGAUCUAAAAAUAUAUUUUCACAACGACAAAAUGUCAUUUUUUUAAAUUUCAGCAGGGUUUUUUUUAUGUUUACGGUAUAAUUUCAAAUGUUUACAAUUAACUGUGAAUAUUACUGUUUUACAAUA